AAACCCUGCAAAUUUACAAAUUCCAAUACAGUCCUAGCCAUACGUAACAUUCAGGUUUCCAGAUACCAAAAUUAGUCGUUACUGAUGAAAGGUGAGGAACUGCUCCUCCGAUCUUGAUGCACUGAAGGGGGGAAUACCGCGGUUCAACUCCCUGCCGAUGAGGGGAAGACGAUCAUGUGGCUGCUUAGGUGACCUUGUUCUUAUUUUAAUUAGUCGACCUACCUGAUAAAUCAUAUAUCUAUUCUGGUUGACUGUCAUUGAUAUAGUUCACUCUUUCUCUUUGGUUGGCGUUGUUCUAGACAUAGACAAUCAAGGGCAAGCAAUAACACCUGAUCAGCCCAUAGAUACCUACCCGUCUCCGCAUUGUCCAACGAUAUUCUCCCUUUCCAGUCCCCCAACAAUUGCCACCAUGGUCGCUUCGAGUAUCCCCCCUCUCCAGUAUACUCCUAUUGAGCAUAUUCAGGGUCGCGUGUCUACGCUUCGCAAGACCUUUUUGGAGCAUAAGACCCGCGACCUUGAGUUUCGGUUGGUCCAGCUCCGGAAGCUCUACUGGGCUCUCAAGGAUCAUGAGCAAGAGAUCGCUGCUGCUUCGGCCUUAGACUUGAAUAAACCUCGCUUCGAAACCGAGAUUGCCGAGAGCGGGUGGUUGCAGAAUGACAUCGUGUUUGUGACUCGAAACUUGCGCAAAUGGGCCCAGGAUGAAAAGGCCGAGGAUAUCGAUCUUACCUUUAAAUUUAUGAGCCCCAAGAUCCGAAAGGAUCCACUGGGCUGUGUUUUGGUUAUUGGUGCUUUCAAUUUCCCCUUCCAAUUGACACUCGGCCCGGUCAUCGGUGCUAUUGCAGCUGGUAAUACUGUUGUGAUCAAGCCUAGCGAAAAUGCUCCCAACUGUGCUGUGGUCCUCCAGCGAAUUGUGGAAGCAUCUCUCGAUCCGUCCUGCUACACUGUUAUUCAAGGAGGGGUCCCCGAGACUCAAGCUUUGCUCGCUGAACGAUUCGAUAAAAUCUUCUUUACCGGCGGGGCCACUGUUGGCCGUAUUAUUGCCAAAGCAGCUGCUCCUCAUCUGACCCCGGUUGUGCUGGAAUUGGGUGGUAUCAACCCGGCCAUCAUAACCAAGAACGCCAAUCCGAGACUUGUUGCGCGGAGACUUCUAUGGGGUAAAUUGGUAAAUGCUGGCCAAAUCUGUACCUCACAAAACUACCUGCUGGUUGACAAGGAACUUGUCCCUGCUGUUGUGGAGGAGUUCAAGAAGGCCUAUAAGGAGUUCUAUCCUCAGGGAGCGAAAGCAUCGCCAGACUAUUCUCGUAUUAUUAAUGAGGGCGCAUUCCAUCGCAUCAAGUCGAUGCUCGAUCAUACUAAGGGUAAGAUCGUGAUGGGAGGUACAAUGGACGAAAAGGAGCUCUUUAUUGAACCAACCCUGGUUUUGGUGGACUCUGUCGAUGAUUCAAUGCUGGUGCAGGAAAGCUUCGGUCCUUUGAUUCCUAUCUUGCCCGUGGAGAACCUCGAAGAGGCAGUCAAUAUCGCCAAUGGAAUUCAGGCCACCCCUCUAGGUCUCUACCCGUUUGGAUCCAAGGCAGAUACUGAAAAGAUUCUCGCCACUACUCGCUCUGGGGGUGUCUCCGUGAAUGAUGCUGCUUUGCACAUCCCUACCCUUCCAUUCGGCGGUGUCGGUGAAAGUGGUUACGGCGCCUACCGUGGAAAGGCCAGCUUCGACGUGUUCGUUCAUCGUCGUCCCAUUACUAGCUCCCCCAGCUGGCUCGAAUCUAUCCUCUCGAUCCGCUACCCGCCAUACGCAGGCAAACUGAGCAAGUUCAAGGCAACUAGCACGCUUGCACCCGAUUUCGAUCGCAAUGGAAACAAGAUCCGAUUCGGCUGGCUACGUUAUAUUCUCACUCUUGGCGGAGGUACUGCAAAGGCUGGUGCUGGCAGGGCUGUCGUCGUUGCUGCUGGUAAGUGACAAUUUCGUCUGGUUCUUCGGAAUACUCGACAGAUAUUCCUGCCCCUUCCUUCUUUUCCCCCUUGAUACACCGCCCCGACCUUUAAAAACGCCUUAAUUCUUAUUAUCAUUACCUCGCCAGACCGAGAAUGAUCCCGGCCGAUACCCAAACCCACCCCCCUUUUGGAUUCUGGAAAACUUGGUUCUUCCAUUUGUCCGAUUUCCUUUCUAUCAUCUUUUUCGUCUGAGAUACCAUUUUGUUCAUUUUAUACCCAGCUACACUAUUGGCUUAAUAUUCUCCCAUUUAUGAUGGACUUACUCACAAGCUAUUUUUAAUAGUGGCCUAUCUCGUGCUCCAGGUUCUCGAGCGCCGAGCUUCGAAGCUUUAAUCUGAUCUAAUAACAUUGAAUUGAAUAUAUAACUUCUUGGUUGGCUAGUGUUAUCUACUAUCUUCUUGGACUGGAAAAGAUGAACAUGUAUUUAUUGUAUGAUUGGGAUUAUCAAGGAUCUUCAAGCUAGCUAGGUAGUGUGUUAAUCUACGAGUUGCUUUCACCUUCGA